CUCCGCUGCCGCCCUCCCGGAGCCCGAGGGGCAGAAAAAGGGGAACUUGUCCCCCCUCCGCCGCCGGAUCGUCCUCGCUCGCUCUCGGCGUUAUUGUUGUUCUUCAGCUGACUCGGGGCCCGAGAAGAAGGUGAAGGUUUUGGGGUUCACCCCCCCCACCCCCCACCGUCUCUCCGCUCUGAGUGAUUGUCUAAAAAAGAAUUAAAAAUGGCCGAGAAUGUGGUGGAGCCGGGCCCGCCUUCAGCCAAGCGGCCUAAACUCUCCUCACCGGCGCUCUCCGUGUCCGCCAGCGACGGCACAGAUUUUGGAUCACUCUUUGAUCUGGAACAUGACUUGCCAGAUGAACUGAUCAGCUCCACAGAACUGGGACUCACCAAUGGUGGUGAUAUUAAUCAGCUGCAGACGACCCUUGGCCUGGCACAAGAUGCUGCCUCUAAACACAAGCAGCUGUCUGAACUUUUACGGGCUGGUAGCUCCUCAAAUCUCAAUAUGGGGGUUGGUGGCCCUGGCCAGGGCAUGGCCAGUCAAACCCAACAAAAUAGUCCUGGAAUGGGAAUGUUAAACAGCAUGGUGAAAAGCCCCAUGGCACAGGCUGGGUUGACUUCUCCCAAUAUGGCGAUGGGUGCAAGCGGACCAAACCAGGGUCCUUCAGCCCAGUCCACAGCAGGGAUGAUGCCAACAGUAAACAGUCCAGUUAACCAGCCUGGCAUGGGAAUGAACACAGGGAUGAAUGCUGGCAUGAAUCCUGGGAUGCUGGCAGCAGGCAACGGACAGGGGAUGAUGCAGGGGCAAGUCAUGAAUGGUUCAAUUGGAGCAGGCAGAGGGCGACCUAAUAUGCCGUACCCAAACCCAGGAAUGGGUAGCGCUGGUAACUUGCUGGCUGAGACACUGCAACAAGGAUCUCCACAGAUGGGAGCACAGGCUGGACUGAGAGGGCCGCAGCCUGGCACCAUGAACAAGAUGGGAAUGAUGAGCAAUCCCAGCCCUUACGGCCAGCCAUAUAGUCAGAAUACUGGGCAGCAGAUUGGAACCGGUGGACUUGGGCCUCAGAUGCAGAAUAAAGCUGGACUGCAGAAUAGCUUACCACAGUUUCCAAUAGGAAUGCCUAACAUGGGCCAGCAGCAGGCUCCUCAAGUUCAGCAAGCUGGGAUGGGGCCAGCAGCUUCUCAAGGAAUGGGGUCUGGAGCACCGACAGCAGAUCCAGAAAAACGCAAACUCAUUCAGCAGCAACUAGUUCUCCUCUUACAUGCUCACAAGUGUCAGAGGCGAGAACAGGCCAACGGGGAGGUGCGACAGUGUAACCUCCCUCAUUGCCGAACCAUGAAGAAUGUCCUGAACCACAUGACACAUUGUCAGGCUGGCAAAUCUUGCCAGGUGGCACAUUGCGCGUCUUCCCGACAAAUCAUCUCGCACUGGAAGAAUUGUACAAGACAUGACUGUCCUGUAUGUUUGCCUCUCAAAAACGCUGGGGACAAAAGAAAUCAACAAUCACUGCUGGGCGGAGCUGCAGUAGGACUUGCAAAUACUGGCUCCGUGGGUGUGGGGCAGCAGACAACACCCAGCAUAAACACUACCAGUCAGAUAGACCCCAGCUCCAUUGAGAGAGCCUAUGCAGCCCUUGGACUGACCUAUCAAGGGAACCAAAUGCAGACACAGCCUCAGCCUCCAGUGAAGAGUCAGCAACAAGGACAGUCACCCCAGGGUCUGCGCCCUAUGAAUCCUAUGA